AUGGCUUCCGAUGCUGCGUCGCAGGAUCCCCUCCUCUCGCUCCGCCGCGCCAUCGCAGCCGGCAGCCUUCCCACGCCGACAACCUCGUCCGAGCUCAGCGACCAGCCAGCCACCGACAAUCUGGCCGAAGCAACUCAUCUGUACUUCGCCCAGCCAAGUCCGCAGGUGAUUGCAUUGAACACAGCGACGCGCUUCGUGUCUGCGUCCACCGACGCGGCCGUCGACCUGCGCAGCAUCUUUUUCGCGUGGCAGAAGAAAGAUGUCGCCAUUCCGGAUUACAUUGCCUCGGCGCAGGAGUUGAAUGAAAACCUCAAGAAGAAGGAGGGUCAGGAGCCAGGCAAGGAGGAGGUGGUGCAGAACCUGGUUUUCGUCGAGCGUCUCGAUCUCAUCACCUGGCUCGAGGGCGCCUCUGAUGAGAGCGAGUACAUCAAACCUCUCGAGGGUGCUGCCGCUGCCGCUGAGGCUGCCGCUGCCGCUGCUGGCGCCGCUCAGGCGGAGACAUCGGCUGGUAUUGCCUCUGGCGCAACUGGGGGCAUUUCCUCGGUGCCCAGUGGUGCGCCGGCUGCACAGGCGGGAGCUCAGGCUGGUCGCGCGCAGAAGCCUAUCGAUCCUCGGUUGCAGGAGAUCUACAACGGAGAACGGAAGACGGGGGAUCGUAAUACGGUGCUACGGGGCAUCAAGCCAACGGACUUCUCACACGUCCGCAAAAGCGCGGAAAUCUUCCUGGAUCGCAACCGCAAUCGGGCCGGGCAGGCUGGCGCCAAACCUGGCAGCAAGAACCAAGUUGUGCCCGCCCCGUCCGCUGGGCUGUCCAUGACCUCGUCAUCUCGCAAGUCCGGCUCGUCUUCGCGACCCGAUCCUAUCAUCCUCCUCUCCCCAUCCGCCUCAUCCCUAAUCCGCAUGUCAAACAUCAAAUCCUUCCUCCAAGAUGGCGUCUUCGUACCUCCCGACCACCCAACCUUAAGCAUGACCGACGCCCCCAACUUCCUCUACAUCAACCGCCCCUUGCGCAUCCUGGCCGACCCAUCCGCCUCAGCGAGCGGCGCAAUCGGUUCCUCCGGUGGCAAGCCCCGCAAGCCCACGCGGUUCAUCGUCGCCGACAGCCCCGCCAAUUUCCGACCCGAGUACUGGAACCGGCUUGUCGCUGUGUUUACCACCGGCCAGACGUGGCAGUUCAAGUCGUACAAGUGGACUUCGCCCCCGGAUCUUUUCAAGCACGCAACUGGUAUCCAUAUCGGCUGGGCCGGCGAGGAAGUCCCCAGCCAAGUCAAGGGGUGGGGUCGUGGCGUGAAAAGCUUCUCCGUUGACCGCUGGGAUGAGAAGGGCGGGCCGCAUGGUCCUGGGCGCUGGAGAGAUCAUGAGAUUGUCGAGGGCAUCUGGUCGACUAUUGAGGAGAGCAUGAAGCUGCAUGGAUGGGGAUCGAAAUGA